GGAAAAACAUUUACCUUGUUGGAUAAACCAAUUCAUAUUAGGAGCGGAGCGAUCCACUAUUUUCGGGUCGUCCCAGAAUAUUGGCGUGACCGUUUACUAAAGAUGAAGGCUUUUGGCUUAAAUACUGUGGAAACUUAUGUACCAUGGAAUUUACAUGAACCGGUACCAGGUCAAUUUGAUUAUACAGGGAUACUAAAUGUCAGAAAAUUCAUCUUGCUUGCACAAGAGCUCGGUUUUUACGUUAUCCUCAGGCCUGGACCUUAUAUUUGUGCCGAAUGGGAGUUUGGUGGCAUGCCAAGCUGGUUACUAAGUGAUAAGAAUAUGCAAGUUCGGUCAACUUAUAAGCCUUUCAAAGAUGCCGUUAACCGAUUUUUCGACGGCUUCAUUCCAGAGAUUAAAUCUCUUCAGGCAUCCAAAGGGGGGCCCAUCAUCGCAGUCCAAGUUGAAAAUGAAUAUGGUAGCUAUGGAAGCGACGAAGAAUACAUGCAAUUUAUACGUGAUGCCCUUAUCAAUCGCGGAAUCGUUGAACUACUGGUAACUAGUGACAACUCGGAAGGAAUAAAACAUGGUGGUGCACCCGGAGUGCUGAAAACAUAUAAUUUCCAAGGCCAUGCAAAAUCUCAUCUUUCCAUUUUAGAAAGAUUGCAGGAUGCGCCUAGUAUUGUAAUGGAAUUCUGGAGUGGUUGGUUUGAUCAUUGGGGUGAAAAAAACCAUCAAGUGCAUACUAUUGCUCAUGUUACAAAUACAUUUAAAGAUAUAUUAGACUGUGAUGCAUCUUUCAACUUUUAUGUAUUUCAUGGCGGUACGAAUUUUGGCUUUAUGAACGGGGCCAAUUUUAUCGAUUUUUUCUCUUACUAUCUACCAACUGUUACGAGUUAUGACUAUGAUGCACCGUUAUCCGAAGCAGGUGAUAUAACUGAAAAGUAUAUGGAAUUACGAAAAAUUAUGAUUGACAAAUUACCUGAGAUACCACCUUCCAGUAAAAAAUUUCACUACGGGAAUAUCAAAAUGGAUUCCUCAAUCGCUUUACUAGAUACUCUACCUUACCUUGAUAAGCCUGUUACACUCUCAAAAGUUGUUCCAAUGGAAUUUCUUCCCAUUCGUAAUGGUACUGGUCAAAGCUAUGGUUAUAUCUUAUAUAGGCAUAAACUAGCCAAACCAAUAAGUAAUCUUCGAAUUGAGGGAAUCCGCGACUUUGCUAUCCCUCAAAAAGGAGCAAUUGUAGAUAUUUUAGUUGAAAAUUGCGGACGUGUAAACUUCGGCAGUAUAUUAAAUACUGAAAGAAAGGGUAUUCUUGGUAGUGUUUACGCUAAUAUGAAGGAAUUAAAAGGAUGGACAAUAUUUUCUCUAGAUUUCGAUACUGCAUAUGUUAAUAAAGUUCGCAAUACACUAAAAGGCGGAAAGACUCAAAGCAAUAGAAGCUUCGUACCAUCCAUUUAUAGAGGAGAACUAGAGAUAUCUGAUAACCCUUAUGAUUCUUUUCUUACUCUAGAGGGUUGGGGAAAAGGAAUAUGUUUCAUUAAUGGUUUUAAUGUUGGUCGCUACUGGAAGAUAGGUCCACAACAAUCUCUAUAUAUACCCGCACCAUUACUAAAAAAAGGCAAAAAUGAGGUACUUGCUAUUAGCGAA